UAGGAUCUCUGCUUAUACCGUUCAAAUAGAGGCGUCACUGUUCACUCGUGAUACUCUCUCUUCCUCGGCAGGCAUAUGUAUUUCGUAUCGCCGUUUCUUCCAGUAAGCGCCAAUGCAUGCAUGCACCCGCCUCCCUGCGCUCUCAAAUAGAUGGUGCAAGUAAAGAUGUCCAAAUCUUCCGCAGACCCUCUGUCUGGUGUAGAAAGCGCUUCUCAGUCGCACUAUUUCCAGCUACCACGAAAGUUGCCAAAGCGCAAGGGUCGUUUUAAACGCUCAGAUGGCAGCACCUCGUCUGACACCACCUCCAGCUUCAUCAAACGACAGGGUUCAGCCGAUUCGUACACGAGCAGACCUUCGGAUUCCGACCUGUCAGCGGAGGAGGACCGCGAGGCGUAUCGGCGUGAAGCCGAACGCCAGGCCCAGCUGCAGCUCGAGAGAGCCAAGUCCAAACCUGUAGCGUUCGCAGUGAAGACGAAUGUGAAUUAUUGCGGGGCUCUAGAUGAGGACUGUCCUGUUCAGGGUGCUGCCAUAAACUUUGAAGCCAAAGACUUUCUGCACAUUAAAGAGAAGUACAAUAAUGACUGGUGGAUCGGAAGGCUGGUGAAAGAGGGGGCCGACAUCAGCUUCAUACCCAGCCCCCUCCGACUGGAGGCCAUGAGACUCAAACAGGAGCAAAAACAACAGAGGAAAAGUGGUAACUCCUCCUCAAGCCUAGGCGACAUGGUAUCAGGAGGUUGGAGAUCCACGCCGCCAUCUGCAGGUGAGACCAAACAGAAGCUAAAGCAGACUGAACUCAUUCCUCCGUAUGAUGUGGUGCCGUCCAUGAGGCCUGUGGUUCUGGUUGGGCCUUCACUGAAGGGCUAUGAGGUGACAGAUAUGAUGCAGAAAGCUCUGUUUGACUUUCUCAAACAUCGCUUUGAUGGACGGAUUUCUAUAACCCGGGUAACCGCUGACCUUUCUUUAGCCAAGAGAUCGGUUCUCAACAAGAGACCUAUCAUGGAGAGGUCUAACACACGGACCAGUUUGGCGGAGGUACAGAGUGAGAUCGAGAGAAUAUUUGAGUUGGCCAAAACCCUUCAACUGGUGAUUCUGGAUGCGGACACCAUUAACCAUCCAACACAGCUAGCUAAAACCUCGCUAGCUCCCAUUAUAGUCUAUGUCAAGGUCACCUCUCCGAAGGUCCUACAGCGGUUGAUAAAGUCGAGGGGUAAAUCACAGAGCAAACACCUCAAUGUUCAGAUGAUGGCAGCAGAUAAACUGGUUCAGUGCCCGCCUGAGAUGUUUGAUGUCAUUUUGGACGAGAACCAGUUGGAGGACGCCUGUGAGCACCUCGCUGAAUAUCUGGAGGUUUACUGGCGUGCCACUCAUCUGCCAGGCACCGCCCCUCUUAACCCCCUAUUGGAGCAAAACCUGAUGACCCCACCCUCGGCAAUCUCCAGUCUUCAGAACCAGCAGUUGUCGCCCGCCGGGGGUGGAGGGGGAGUGGAGGAGGAGGAGCAGGGGGAGCAGGACAGCCUCAUGCCCUCCGACGAGGCCAGUGACUCUCGCUCCCUCCGCCGAGGCGGCUCUAGCUCCCUGCACCCCCCGGAGGACGAGGAAGAAAACGAGGAGGAGGAGGAAGAAGAGGAAGAUGAUUACGAACCCCAACGCCACUCUAACCCGUACCGGGACGUGUACCCGCCCAACCGUAACCAACCCGGUGGCAUCAACAGCACUAACGGACACGAGUCACGGGACCGACUCCUGCAGCAGCGAGACUCGCAGGACGGACACAACCAACGAAACAACCGUCAGCGCGUGAGAGCCUGGCCGAGGGACAACUACUGACCGCCCACCUGCAGGAGUCCGGAAGAGAGGGUUGGGUCGUGAAUCGGGGUGAUGGGGAUUGGUGAGCAAUUGGAAACGCACAAUGUGUGUUGGUG